GCAUUGGAUGGCGGCAGUGUUAGAAAGCGCUGUGGGUGUCAAUAUAAAGUGACGGCCAUAUUUGCCGGUGCCGCUGUUGUAAACAAAAAGUGAGAGACAGACGCUUCACUGAAUUUCGGGUCAUUUUUAUUUCUUUAAUUUACAAUGUCUUUGGGAAUGUCUUACAAACCCAAUGUCCAUCAGCACAUUCCGGGAACUUCUGGGAACCAGGCUGGAAACCUUCCUUCCCCCUCAGCAGCUAACCUGGCUACACUGCAGUCCUACAGGCCCAUCCUGAGUGACUACGGACCUCCAUCUCUGGGAUUCUCACAGGGCUCCACCGGCAGCCAAGUGCCUCAGAACAAAUAUGCCGAGCUGCUGGCCAUCAUCGAAGAGCUGGGGAAGGAAAUCAGGCCCACAUACGCCGGGAGCAAGAGCGCAAUGGAGAGACUGAAACGAGGGAUAAUUCACGCCAGAGGCCUGGUACGCGAAUGCCUGGCGGAGACGGAAAGAAACGCGAGGUCCUAGCCAUAGACACGUAUUCCUCCUUGCAAGAAGAACUACUUUUUUUUUUCUUCUUCUUCUUCUUUUUUCUGCAGAAGUGUGGGGGGGGGAGCGUGCAUGGCCUUUCGUUGCAAGGAGGAAGUAAAGGAACAGAGGAUUGAAGUGCGAGAGAGAGAGAGGAAUAAAAAUACAGUAAUGCAGUUCACAACUCUUAGGAGUUCUGGAGAAUUCUUUCAAUCGGGAUUUUUUUCUUUUUUUUCUUUGGAAAUCAAAAGAAUUUUUUAUUUUUUUUUUGUGCUCCAUUAUUGGGGAUCUUUGUUUUGACUUGUUACAUAAAUACAUUGGUAUACGUUCAUUUUUUUUCAUGUUUUGUUUGGGGGUUUUUUUGCAUGCGAAUGGGCCCAUGGGUUAACUGUAGACACUGCAUGGCUUGUACAGAAGUAGAUAGAUUUUUCUCUCUUUCUUUGUUUUUGUUUUUUAUAGUAUUGGGUCUGCGUUUCAGACCCUUGUAACAAAAGACUUGAGUGGUGGACACGUUAUCGGACGCAUUGGUUCAUCUGUGAUGAGAUUGGUUUUGGUAUUAAAAAGACGAAAACAAAAAGGAAAAUGCUACUACUUGCAUCUUUGUAUGUAUUUAUUACUCUGUGUAAUAAAUUGUAUUUUCAAUACAGUGG